CGGGCGGGGGAGAGCAGGGAAAAGGCAGGGGGAGCUGCCCCUUCCUCAGCCUGUGCCCCCCGGGAGGGAAAUCCGGCUGGAGGAGGCGGUGGCUCUGCGGGGGUUUGCUCUCCAGCCCCUCCGCCCGGGGUGCUCCCCUCGCAGGCUGCUCUUUCUUCUCCUUCGACCACAGCCCGGGCAGGUCCGGGGGGCGGUGGUUGCUCAGGGUCCCGCUGCCACGGAAGUCCCCUUGGGAACGUGCUUCAGCAAGAAUAGGAGUUGUUCUUCUUCCCUCCACUGCAUUGAGCACUUCAAUCUCUUCUUCUAGGAGUGAGAAGCAUCUGCUGGUCAGAAGAGCUGACUCAAGCCUUUCUAGUUUUUGAUUGCGGAAUUUCUCUGUGACCCAAAGUUCAGCGAUGAAGAAGAUCUGGAGGAGAAGUUGGCAGUGUUCAAAGAGAAGUACAUGGAGUUUGACCUGAACAACCAAGGCGAGAUUGAUUUGAUGUCUGUCAAAAGGAUGAUGGAGAAGAUGGGGGCUCCAAAGACCCACCUUGAACUGAAGAAGAUGAUCUCUGAGGUGACUGGAGGGGUUAGUGAGACCAUCUCGUACCAGGACUUCGUCAACGUGAUGCUUGGGAAACGCUCUGCUGUGCUGAAACUGGUCAUGAUGUUCGAAGGAAAAGCCAACGAAAGCAACCCAAAACCUUCUGGUCCACCUCCAGAGCGAGACAUAGCCAGCCUCCCUUGAAGAGGACAGGCUGAAAUAUCAGCACUGUUUGCUUUGCUGGUCUGUAACAGAGGUUACCUCUGCUUUGUUACUUCUCACUGUGGACAGUCCUAGUUUUCAACUAACAUGCCUUAGAGGAACAGCAAGGGAAGCUGGAGACCCCCAGCUCAUGUCUUUCUGCUGCAUCCCGUAGCCAACUUGAUUUGUUAGACAGCAGCUGUAGCGCCAAGUGUAAUGUAAGACCAGAAAAAAAAAUCCUGUGAUCUUACUCUUUCCUCUGCCCUUCCUGCAUUUCUCAGACAGGGAGCCGCUUUCCUCCCAGUGUAUGGAUUCAGAGCUGUGCUUGUCAUGACAGGUGCUGUGCUGCCAGAUAUUGAACAUUUCUCUAGUAAAGCCCCUGAGAGCAGCUUCAUGGGUGCAAAGAAAGAAAGUGCCUUCUCUGCUCCAUCCUGCGCUUCCUGGCUUUGGACUAGUUCUUCCCUUCCCGACCCCACCAAAACACAUCAGGCUCCCACCUCUGUGACUUAGUCGUGUGCUGGGUGGAUGCGGGAAGGUGCGUGGACACCAGAGAUCUGCCUGCGGGGUGUUUCAGUUGGAGGUGGUGACAGCAUAUGUCUGUCCCCUCCAUGGGUCUGUCCUGCAGCCAGAUCUCUGUGGGUCCAACACCAGCCGCUGCAUGUGAGGGUGGUUAAAGCUCCCCAAGGGACACCCUUCCUGAUAAAUCUGUGCUUAGAUCUGAUGGUGAGCGUGACCUCUGAAUGGGCGGUUGUCUGUUCUGUCCGUCGGUGUGGAAACAAGCCUGCUGUGAUGUUUGCAGCCCUGCAGGAAAGCCCAGGGUGACAUCAAACCUUUGGGUGAAGGAAGCUGCAUGACCCAACUUGGAAGCACCUUCGAAGGUCCCUUCCAACCCAAGUUACUUUAUUCUGAACUGUGAACCCAGUCAGACUGGGAUCUGUUCUCACGCAGCCACUCUGUCCCUCUGAGUUCUGCAGACACCCCAUUUGUGUUUCCGCUUGAUCCCCUGCAACUCUCGGGGACACUUCCCUCAUGGAUAAGCCCUCGAGUCUGCAAAAUAAGAAUGGUUUAAGUGUGGAGUGUGAGCUGGGAUCCAGAUGUAGCUGGGACUGUGGUAUCCACACGCGGGUUACUGCGGUGAUUCUCACUCUAUACACUUUCUGGAAUCCAGAUGUUUGCUCUUUGCCCUUUCCCUACUCUUUUCUUAAAUGAUCUUGGCAGCUUUUAACUCUUUUUUUUUUAAUCAUGGUUUAAUAAAUAAUUUUUAUAAAGGAAAUACAGAUGAUUAACUCUACUAGGCUGAUUGUUCCUGCCAAAGGCUGCAGUUUUAAAUAAAAAAAACAACAUUCUUACUACUGUUUGCAUGAAAACCAAAAUUGUAAUGGAGAGGAAAAAAAUGAAGAGCAAAAGCAGUACCAGUCUACUUCAAAGACUGAAAAUAAAUCUUCUGAAGCUCUA